AACGGCGGUUGGGAAGACGCUACUGUGACGUUAUAUAAAGAAACACCUUUCACAAGGGGCCCAGGGUAAAAUUGCUGCAAGAACAGGAAUGAUUAUACAAAGAGUAGUGCUGAACUCGCGCCCUGGUAAAAAUGGAGUGCCGGUGGCUGAAAACUUCCGACUAGAGCAAAGUACAAUACCAGAUACAGUUCAAGAGGGACAAGUCCGUGUUAGAACCCUUUAUCUCUCUGUGGAUCCCUACAUGCGCUGCCGAAUGAAUGAAGAUACAGGCUCAGACUACCUGCUGCCCUGGCAGCUGUCUGAGGCUGCUGAUGGUGGGGGCAUUGGCGUGGUGGAGGAGAGCAAGCACAACAACUUUGCUAAAGGAGAUUUUGUAACUUCCUUCAAAUGGCCCUGGCAGACAGUGGCUGUUCUAGAUGGAAGCUUGCUUCAAAAGCUUGUUCCCCAGCUUGUAGACGGGCACCUUUCCUUCUUUCUCGGCCCCGCUGGGCUUACAGGCCUGACUGCCCUGCUGGGCAUCAAAGAGAAGGGGCACGUGAGCGCCGGCGCCAACCAGACCAUGGUGGUGAGCGGCGCAGCUGGAGCUUGUGGUUCUUUGGCUGGCCAGAUUGGCCGCCUGGAGGGCUGCACUAGAGUCGUGGGGAUUGCAGGCACAGAUGAGAAAUGCUCCAUUUUGGUCUCAGAAAUGGGCUUUGAUGCUGCUAUCAAUUACAAGAAAGGGAACGUGGCAGAGCAGCUACGUGAACUCUGCCCAGGUGGUGUGGAUGUUUACUUUGACAAUGUUGGUGGAGACAUCAGCGAUGCAGUUAUAAAUCAGAUGAAUCAGAACAGCCAUAUAAUCCUGUGUGGACAGAUCUCUCAGUAUAACAAAGAUGUACCUUAUCCUCCACCACUGCCUCCUGAGGUGGAAAAAGUACAGAAAGAAAGGAAUAUCACAAGGGAGAGGUUCUUGGUGUUGAACUAUAUGGACAAACACGAAGCUUCUGUUAUACAGCUCUGUCAGUGGAUCAGAGAAGGUAAACUGAAGGUCAGGGAGACUGUGGUAGAUGGCUUGGAGAACAUUGGUGCUGCUUUCCAGUCCAUGAUGAAUGGAGGCAAUAUUGGAAAACAGAUUGUCUCAGUUUCUAAGUAAAAAUCAUUGCUCCAGGAAAAAAUGAACUUGAUCCUAUCUCUCAUAACAAGGAAGUUGUUCUGUGUAUUCUAAAUGUAAUGAUACUGGGAUGUUACAGCAGUGCUUACCAUGGCAAACUCAAAAGAACCAGGAAAAGUUUCUGGUUUCUCUCAGGGCCCAGAAACUUUUCUAGGAAUGUUUAAUUGGCUACUGUAAGUUUACCCUGCCAAUCAAGUCAGCUGGCUAAUUAUCUUAGAAUUCUAAAAGUUCUCAUUUUACAGAUCAUUGCAAUGAACAAGCGCAUUUAGCUUGUCCAGUUCUCUACAUUGUAUUGUAUACCUUAUUUUCAGAGCAUUCAAAACCAAUCUCAUUUCCAUUUCCUCUCUGCAUGGAACUGUCAUCUGUAGAUUAGGCUUCAGGGCUAGCCUGCUGCUUAAAUGUUUAUUCAUUUUCUUUUCUGACUCUUUACUCUCCAGAUUUACCUCUUUAAAAAGAAAUAUUUUCUGUUUAAAAAUCUACUGAAUCUUAUUUCUGUGAUAAUCUCCUUCAUUUCAUUAGUUUGCUCCAUUUUUUUACACCUUCCCAGGGCGACUGAGAGAGAGACUCAAAAGAACUCCCCGAGGCCAGAUAGUAACUUUGCUGUUAACUGACUUUGCUGCAGUCUCUCUCUAACUUCUGCUCAGGGUUGUCUGUGUACCAGUGCUCUCUUACCAUCCUAACAGGGAACCGUGAAGAAAUGAGUCACCAUUUCUGAGCUCAGGAACGGGACUGAUGAAGUGUUUGAUGAGCACAUUCCCAGCCUAAAGGGAAUGAUAAGAUUAAGUACAUAAAGAAAAUAGAUUAUUAUCUUAAAGACAUGAGAAUUCUAGUGUUAUGUAAUUUUAGAGACAUUAACACAUUUUAAUUUAGACAAUUGGAUCAUUCACGACACAUUCUGAUUUACAAGAGAUUGAUUUUGUUUUCAUUUGUUUGCUUUUAAGAGGAGUAUUUCCAAAGGUAAGGUCAGCUGAACUGUCCAGAGGACCCCUCCUCUAAAUGUGCUUAGGCCCAGGAAUCCAAUAACUAGGGCAGAAAGAAAUUUGGCAUUGUGAAUCUGGGUAGUGUGGAAAGUAAGACAAGAUAUAUCAAAUUUGCUGUAUACAGUUAUACUGUUUUAACAGUAACUGUACUGUUUUAACUGAAUACUGUUAUGACAGUAUAGAAAGCAUUCCUUUCAUUUUCUAAUGGUCUAAAAAAGGGCAGUUUUCAGUGACUGAUACGGAUUUUUGCGGAAGAAAAGGACAUGUGUAGUAUGGCUUUGGAUGAUAUAAAAUGUUCAGCUUUGCAGUCUCCGUUUAUGCAAGCAGUGACUGGUUCAGUUUCAGCUGGGCUGUGAAUCCAGCCUCAGUGUAACUCAAAUGCUAUUAAAUAACAAUGUCACACUGUGAUAAAAGCCUGUGGUUUGGCUCUGUGUAAUAAAAACAAUGAGAACUCAGCAGCCAAAUGAAGGCAUGGAAAGUAACAGGCUGAAAACUGGGCAAGCUGUAGAUGGGGGAAUACGCUGGCCUGAGC